AUUACUGUAAGAAGUGAUGAAGAAAUGAAGGCCAUGCUAUCCUAUUAUUACACCACUGUAAUGGAACAGCAAGUAAAUGGACAGUUAAUAGAGCCUCUACAGAUAUAUCCAAGAGCCUGCAAGCCUCCUGGGAAACGGAACAUACAUGGCCUGAAGGUAAAUACACGAGCAGGGUCUGCUAAUAAUAGCAGUUCAGCAGACUCGGAUUCCCUUCCAAGCAAUAGCUUAAAAAAGUCUUCUGCAGAGCUGAAGAAAAUACUAGCAAACGGCCAGAUGAAUGAACAAGACAUACGGUAUCGAGACAUCCUCGGUCAUGGCAAUGGAGGCACAGUCUACAAAGCAUAUCAUGUCCCUAGUGGAAAAAUUCUAGCAGUAAAGGUCAUACCCUUAGAUAUAACACUGGAGCUCCAGAAACAGAUUAUGUCAGAGUUGGAAAUUCUUUACAAGUGUGACUCAUCAUAUAUCAUAGGAUUUUAUGGUGCUUUUUUUGUAGAAAACAGAAUUUCAUUGUGUACAGAGUUCAUGGAUGGGGGUUCUUUGGAUGUUUAUAGAAAAAUUCCAGAACAUGUCCUGGGGAGAAUAGCAGUAGCUGUUGUGAAAGGCCUUACGUACUUAUGGAGCUUGAAGAUUUUACACAGAGAUGUGAAGCCCUCCAAUAUGCUGGUGAACACGCGAGGACAGGUGAAGCUGUGCGACUUCGGGGUUAGCACGCAGCUGGUGAAUUCUAUAGCCAAGACGUAUGUCGGAACAAAUGCUUACAUGGCGCCUGAACGAAUUUCGGGAGAGCAGUAUGGAAUUCACUCUGACGUCUGGAGUUUAGGGAUUUCCUUCAUGGAGCUUGCUCUUGGGAGGUUUCCAUAUCCUCAGAUUCAGAAAAACCAGGGAUCUUUAAUGCCUCUCCAGUUAUUGCAGUGCAUUGUUGAUGAGGAAUCGCCCGUCCUUCCAGCCGGGGAGUUCUCCGAGCCAUUUGUACACUUCAUCACUCAAUGCAUGAAAAAGCAGCCAAAGGAAAGGCCAGCACCUGAAGAAUUAAUGGGCCACCCCUUCAUCGUGCAGUACAACGACGGCAACGCCGAGGUCGUGUCCAUGUGGGUGUGCAGGAUGCUGGAGGAGCGGCGAGCGAGCCAGGGCGCGCAAAACGCUGCGCUGUCGUGGCCUGCGCUGAGCCCCACGCGGUGCUGGGGACACGAGGAGCAGGGUUUGCAGCAGGCUGCAUGUCAUGAAGUCGGAGCGGCCACCGGCCUCUCCCUCUUCCCGGCCUCCGGAGCCAUCGCGAAGGCGGCGGCGGCCCCGGAGCCGCGGUGA